AUGCAUCUCACGCAAAUUGCCAACAAAGCAUCACAGUGUUGUACCUUGGCCAAUCUCUUCCAUGCGUGCAUGUCAUGCAUUGUGGCGCCAUUGAAGUCAGCCAGAGUGGAUGGCAUUGUAAUGAUGAGUGGGGACAGCAUCAUGCGACGCUGUCAUCCAAUCUUUGUGGCCUUUAUUGGGGAUUACCCCGAGCAGUGUCUCAUCACUGGGACAAUGAACGAAGACUGUCCCAUCUGCACUUGUCCCCGCAAUGAGCUUGGCAAACACCCCUCUCAACAUGAACUACGCAAUCUUAAUGCAAUUUUGGAUGCACUCAAACUUCAUGGAUCCCCACAAUAUACCCAAGCCUGUAAUGGCGUUAGAAUUAAACCACUUCAGCAUCCGUUCUGGGAAGAUCUUCUGUACCUCAAUAUCUUCCAAUCUAUAAUGCCCAACAUUUUGCAUCAACUUUACCAAGGGAUAAUGAAGCAUAUGAUCAGCUGGGUUACUGAGGUUGUUGGGGCUGCAGAGACAGAUUUGCGAGUUUGCCGCCUUCCACCCAAUCAUUCUAUGCAUGCUUUCCAGAAAGGGAUCACAACAUUGAGCCGAGUCAGUGGUACAGAGCACAAGCAGAUGUCACGCUUCUUACUUGGCCUCGUCAUUGAUGUGCGGCUGCCAGGAAAUGCAUCUCUGGCAAGACUAGUGCAUGCAACUCGAUCCCUUCUAGAUUUCCUUUACCUUGCUCAGUUCCCUGUUCACUCCGAUUCAUCAAUUGAUGCACUUGAAACAGUGGUGGAUGAAUUCCAUGCAAAUAAAGGUGUCUUUGAAGACCUUGGCAUUUGCAACAACUUCAAUAUACCGAAGCUCCACUUUCUUCAGCACUAUGCUGAAUUAAUCAAAUUGUUCGGCACAAUGGAUAACUUCAACACGGAGGCCACUGAGAGGCUUCAUAUCGACUUCGCAAAAGAUGCUUACACUGCCACCAAUCACAAAGACGAAUUUUGGCAGAUGACGAAGUGGCUUGAACACAAGGAGAAGGUCUUGCAGCACGCAAAUUUUGUUGUAUGGUGCCACAAUUAG